CAGGACGCCUCCGUGCUGUGACACUGGGUGAGCAGGGCCAUCCGGUGCUGUGACACUGGGUUAUCAAAGCCACCGCGGUGACACUGGGUGACCAAAGCUGCUCCGUGCUACCCCUGCUUGAGCUGGGACAGCCCCGCUGUGACACUGUGUGACCAAGGCCACCCCAGGCAGUGACACUGGGUGACCAAGGUCAUCCGAUGCUGUGACACUGGGCUAUCAAAGCCACCCCAGUGGCAUUGGGUGACCAAAGCCGCUCUGUGCUGCGACUGCUUGACCAGGGGCAGCCCUGCUGUGACACUGAUUGACCACAGCCAUUCCAGGCAGUGACAGUGGGUGAGCAGGACACCUCCAUGCAGUGACAGUGGGUGACCAAAGCCACACUGUGCUGCGACUGCUUGACCAGGGGCAGCCCUGCUGUGGCAGUGCUUGACCACAGCCGUCCCAGGCAGUGACACCGGCCGACCAGGACACCUCCAAGCAGUGACACUGAGGUGACUGAGGCUCUUUCAGUGCUGUGACAUCGGGUGACCAAAGCUGCGACCCCGUGCCAUGCUGCACUGCCGCACGCCGUGACCCCACUGCCCACCCCCAUCCCCCCCCACGCUCGGUGCCAUGGCGGUGCCGGUGAUGCCGGUGAUGCUGGUGAUGCCGGUGAUGCUGGCGAUGCUGGCGAUGCUGGCGGUGCCGGUGGCCGGGAGCUGCCCCACGCGCUGCGUCUGCGCCUCCAACAUCCUCAGCUGCUCCCAGGCCGCCCUGAGCUCCGUGCCCGCCCCGCUGCCGCGCUUCGCCGCCGUGCUGGACCUCAGCCACAACAACAUCAGCCGCCUGCGUGCCGACUGGGCGCCGGGCCGCCUGGCCCACCUGCACGCGCUGCUGCUGGCGCACAACGGCUUGGCCUUCGUCUCCACCGAGGCUUUCACCCACGUCCCUCACCUCCGCCACCUGGACCUGUCCUCCAACCGCCUGCGCACGCUGGAGGAGAACCUCUUCAGCGACCUCCCCGAGCUGGAGGUGCUGCUGCUCUACAACAACGAGAUCUCCGCCGUCGACCGCUCCGCCUUCGACAACCUGAGCCGCCUCCGCAAGCUCUACCUGGGCCGGAACCACAUCGCCCGCUUCCCUCUGGAGCUGCUCCGCGACGGCAGCCGCCCGGCUCAGCUCUCCCUGCUCGACCUCUCCUCCAACCGCCUGCGUUCGCUGCCGGCCGCCGAGCUGCAGGCGUUGCCCGCGUGGCUGCGCGACCGCCUCUACCUGCACGGCAACCCGCUGGGCUGCGACUGCCCGCUCUUCCAGCUGCUGGCCCGCGGGCGCCACCGCCGGCUGAGCGCCGUGAUGGACUUCCAGGAGGAGCUGCGAUGCCAGCUGCCGGCGGCGCCGAACCGAGCGCCGGUGGCCAUUCUGGAACUGGGAUCCCGAGAGCUGCUCAACUGCAGCGAGGCGAAAGAAGCCGUGCUGGAGGCGUACCUGGGGGACAGCGUCACGCUGGGCUGCGACAGCCGCCUGCGGGCGGCGCACGGCCGCCACUGGGUGACACCGGGGGGGGACAGAGUGACGGAGGAGGGCGGCAACGGCAGCGCGGCCGUGCUGGCCAACGGCAGCCUGCAGCUGCGGGCGCUGAGGCCGGAGGACGGCGGGACGUACGCGUGUCGGGUGUCGGGUCCGGCUUUUAACGAGACGCUCUACGUGGAGCUGCUGGUGCACAACUUCACCCUGCACGGCCCCCACGACGGCCUCAACACCGCCUACACCACGCUGGUGGGCUGCAUCCUCAGCGUGGUGCUGGUGCUCAUCUAUCUGUACCUCACCCCGUGCCGCUGCUGCUGCCGCGCCGCCGCCGAAAAGCCGCCCGCCCCCCCCCGAGACGACAGCCUCAACUCCUCCGUGCUCAGCGCCACCCCCAACCACGCCGUCGGGGAGCCUCCGCCCCCCUCGAGGCCCCGCAUUGCCGGGCACCGCGCCGCCCCGGGGGGGCAGAACGGGAGGUACAAAGCCGGGGGGAGCCCGCCGAUGGCGGCGGUGGUGGGGGGGGCACCGAGGGAGGGACCCCGGGCGCAGAGGAAGGUGUCGGACCCAGACUCGGUCAGCUCGGUGUUCUCCGACACCCCCAUCGUGGUGUAGCGGGGGGGGGUGGGGGGCACGGUGUGGAAUCCCCCCCGCCGGCUGUGCAGAGCACAAAGGAUGUGAGGACCGCGGUGGGGGUGCUGUAACGUGGAGCCCCCCCCUCCCUGGGGGUCCGGGUGCCGUGGGACCCCCACCGGUGACAGCAUCCAAGCACACGGGGGUCCCUGCUGCGUGGAUGCCCCCCCGCACAGCGCUGCCUCCCGCAUGUUGAUCGUGACGCAUGACUCCCCCCCCCCCCCCCGGGAAGCAUGACCCCCCCGAGGCCACAGCUGCUGCCCACGCCGGGGGGGGGGGAGGAAAUGGGGCACAGCCCCUUUGCUCUGAGCCACAGCACAGCUGAGCCCCCCGUCCUUGGCGCCGUCCUGGGGGGAGCGCAGCCGCCCCCUACGCAGGGAUCCCAGGGUGGGAAAUGCCCCCACCCCACA